UAUCCUUGCAUUGCAUGUAGGGUAGGGCGGGUGUGCGUGUGAGCGGGGUUCAGAAUGCAGAGGCAGAGUGUUUGGGUGCACAGGCAGCGGGGCGGGGUGCUGGUCCGUUUGCGUUAGGUAUAUAAGCGACCGAUAGAUAGAUGAUACACACAAGAAUCCACCCGGAGCAGGGCUGCCAGCACGAGGGUGAAAGGAGGUUACCAGGACCGGAUGAUGGAAAAAAAAAACAGGCAAGACCGCUGGAUCGAAGGAUGGGUGUGCAGGAGUAUAUGCGGGAAGAGCGAUAAGCUGGGGCCCGAGGGGGGGGGCAUUCUGCGCGACAGACAGGAUGAGACUUCCCCCAAGACGGGUGAGGGAAAACGCAACGGGCCGGGGGGCCAACGCUGCCUCUGGCGCCGGAGCAGAAACCGCCCACCCGUCCGAGGAAAGGUAAUCCGUGGCUCGAGGGCCACCUCGAGAACCCGCCCGGUUCCGCCGCACCCGGCCCGCUACGCCCGCAGCGCUCCCGCCGGCCGCCAACGGGCAGGUGGCCCCACUGUGGAAGAGCGUGGAAGGCGCUGCAGGCUGCAGCCGCGUAGCAGACCGGAGCGCGCCGGCAGCAGGGGGCCCCGCGCUAAUAAAACGGCAUCGGGGGCUGGCGGCGGCGGGCUGACACGCGAUCCGUCCAGCCGGCGCGGAGCGCGGAGCGCAGAGCGCACACGUCAGCAGCGCUUACGUCAGCAGCGACGAGAAGAGGCUGCCGGGGCCGUCGCCGCCGGGGCCGUCGCCGUCGUGCUCGCGGCGGCGUUCCUCGUGCUUGCGCUGCAAGAGCUCGGUCAAGCCGCCUGUUUUCUUGCGGGCGCGCCGGCUCUUCUUUGCGGCGGGCGGGCUGGCGGCGGCGCCCAGGCCCACGCCGAGGGUGUUCAGCGGCGGGUGCCCCGCCGGGGCGGGGGCGCUGGCCGCGGUCGCCGCCGGCCGCAGCGUGUUGCGGAAGACCGCGCACACCCCGCAGAGCAGACACUCGAACACAACCGCCCGCUGCUGGCGGCGGUCCCUGGGGCGGCGCGCCCGCCCAGCAGAAGCGGUCCCUGGGGCGGCCGCCGCCGCCCGCUUGAGCCGCCGCCGACCGUACUCCACGCGCACACGCAUGUUCACCCCGGCCACAUACACGUUGCGGCAGCCAAAGCACACGUCCGCGUCAAACCGCCGGCACUCGGCGUCGUCCAGCACCGUCGGCGCCGCCCGGCCCCUGCGCAGCUCGAUCUGCACACCCGGCUCCAGCGCGCUCGGCCGGAACUCCACACCCAUGUCGUGGCACGCCUCCUCAAACUUGCCCGUCAGCUUCGAGUUGUGCUGCUGCCGGAACGCUGCGCCAGCAGCAUCGGCGCCCACCACGUCGCCCACCGUCAGGUUCUGGCGGUACACAAGGCGUGACUUCCGCUCCUCAAAGUCGUCCAUCGUCGUUGUCUACACACACAAACGCCCAAGCUAGACCCCGUCGGACACACAGGAAAGC